CAGGAUCACUUGAGCACCCAACCAGCACAGCAAACAGCGUUUUGCCGUUGCAAAAACAUAGUGUAGCAGCAGAGACAAUGGCACGUAGAACAAUUGUGUUGGGCCUCAUCCUUGGCUUACUGGCUGCUGCCAAUGCGGUUCCCUUUGAUUUCUAUUACCUUAUCCUCAUGUGGCCUGGAGCAUACUGCGAGGACAGCGACAACGGCUGCUGCGUGCCCAAGUACGGCUACCCGGCGGAGGAUUUCUUCGUCAAGAGCCUCCAGACCUUCGACCUCUCCAUCAACAAGCCCAUCGUCAGGUGCAGGAACGGCAAACCCUUCGAAGCUAACAAGCUGGACAAGAUCGAGAACAGCAUCAACCACUACUGGAGCAACCUCAAGUGCCCGCCCACCGACGGCGUGAACACCUGGAAGAGCGCGUGGAACAGCUACGGCGUCUGCUCGGGCCUGGAGCAGCUGGACUACUUCAAGGCCGCCCUGAACCUGCGGAAGCAGGCGGACAUCCUCGGCGCGCUGGCCGAGCAGGACAUCAAGCCCGACUACAAGCUCUACAGCACGGAGAAGAUCAGGCGGGCGGUGGAGCAGAAGCUGGGCGUCGCGCCGGGGCUGCAGUGCCGGGACGGGCCCUUCGGCCAGAAGCAGCUGUACCAGGUCUACCUCUGCGUGGACACGGACGCCAGGACCUUCAUCAAGUGCCCCAAGCUGCCGGCGACGCUGAGCUGCCCCGCGUCGGUCGUCUUCCACCCGUUCUACACCUGGAUGCUCAACUCCACCGCCGCCUCCGGCGCCGGCGCCGCCUUCGAAUCCAAGCUCCUGCUCCUCACCGAGACCAUGCUCAAGUGAGCGGACCGGAUCGAUCGAUUCCAAGAGCUAGCGGCUUGCUUGCUUGGCAAGCGCGCAGGUGGUCGUGGAAAAUAAAUCGUAUACUACUUCCUGAGGAAGAAGCUUAUUUCUACUCUGUUCAAACCGCUCGACGGAGAGCACCGUGCCUACCGCUCUCGCUCGCUGAGAAUAAAAUCACUCGUUUUUUUUUUGUUGUCGCGCUAAAUAAUCCAUCAUGUAUGUGGUAUGGCACAUAAGUAAGACCAUUCAGAUCCCAU